AUGGGAGAUUUUAUAACAUCAGAUCGAAGAGAUCAAUUGAAGCACGAAUAUGGGAUUCUUCAUUUAAUUUAUCAUAGAAACCAUAAUCAACAUAGAGUUCUGAUAUGGUGGAAAUACUUGAAUAUAAUUCAUAGGAACAUCAGAAAGAUUCUUAAACUACUAGUAGAUUUAGAGUUCAUAAAGAGUCCUCAACAGAUACGACAUAAGGAACAGCAGAUACUAGAUAUUAUAAAGUAUUUGAUAAAGAAAAGAGUAUUUACUAAAGCUUAUUACGAAUUUAAUGGAAUUAUUGCUUUGGGUCAGUUCGUAACCCUUGGUUUAGCAUUGGUAGGAAAUGUGAGUAAGAUAUACUGCAUUUUACAAUAUUUUAAAGGAGUAGAUCGAAUGUGCAAGCGAGGAAUAAUAGAAGAGGCUUCAGUACUACCUCCUGAGCAUAGUGGUACUGAUGACGUGGGCGAGAUUGUGGACUUGAACAAGAUUUCAGAAGAUUUGCAAUCGAAGAGGAAAUUUGAAGGAGAUGAAGCCAAAUGUACGAAAAAGUUGAAGACAGAAUUAAAUGAAAUGGACGAUAUAUUCUCAACUAAUGAACCUGUCACUACGAAUAAAAAAGUUAGCUCUGAGAAUUCUAUAGAUGACAUAUUCGGAGACUUGAAAGAAGAUAAGAAAAAGAGGAAGAAAAAGAAGAAGAAGAAGUAUAACGAAAUAGAUGACAUAUUUAACUUCUAA